GGGGUGCACAAUUCUGCCCAAACCCUACACUGAGUAUAAUGCAGUUUGUUGAUUUCAAUUGAGUUGUAUUUGAUCGCAAAGUGAAUCGAGUGUUGUUUUCGUACCAGUUAAAAAAGAUGGAAACAAUACUUGAACAGCAACGGCGUUAUCACGAGGAGAGGGAAAGGUUAAUGGACGCGAUGGUCAAAGAAAUGCUUUACAAGAAGCCUGGUCACAGGGAAAGUAUAAACUCGGAGCAUCGUUUAAAAAUGUUACUCGAUCAGUACAUGGACAGUACUGCACAUUUGCAGGAGUUGUACGAAGAUAAAGAUGGUCAAAGGAAGGAGGAGGUGCAAGCACUUUCUGGACCAAACGAAUUUUCCGAAUUUUAUUCCCGAUUGAAAUCUAUAAAAGAAUUUUAUCGGCGACAUCCCAAUGAAAUCAGUAUUCCAAUGUCUGUGGAAUUUGAGGAGUUAGCUAAAAUGAGAGAAAAUCCCACUGAGGAACUCUCAAAUCUUGUCGAAUUCACAGACGAGGAAGGUUAUGGGAAAUAUCUAGAUCUGCAUGAAUGUUAUGAAAAAUAUAUCAAUCUUAAAGGAAUAGAAAAGAUAGAUUAUAUCACAUAUCUGUCCAUUUUUGAUCAUUUGUUCGAUAUACCGAGGGAAAGAAAGAAUGCUGAAUAUCAGAAAUAUGUGGAGUCGCUGUUAGAGUAUUUGACUGACUAUUUGAGCAGAGUCAGACCUCUGCUCGAUAUAAAUGCUGAGCUGGAGGAAGCUAAUAAAGAAUUUGAGAUACAAUGGGAGAACAGUUCAUUUCCAGGAUGGCCAAAAGAAACUGGCAGUGCUCUAACACAUGUAGGAGCCCAUUUAGAACUUUCUGCUUUUUCCUCGUGGGAGGAGCUAGCCUCUUUGGGACUCGACAGACUAAAAUCUGCACUGAUGGCUUUAGGUUUAAAGUGUGGUGGCACGUUGGAAGAGAGAGCUCAAAGGCUUUUUAGUACAAAAGGAGAGGCAUCUUUGGACCCGAAUCUAUUAGCUAAAAAUAAUAAGAACAGAAAGUCCGGAAAGGGAAGGAACAGUGAGAAGCAGAAAGAAAUAGCGCGUUUGGAAGCUCAAGUAUACAGACUCGCGGAGUUGGUAUCGACGCAACGCGUUGCUACGAAGGAGAAUGUUCAGAGGAAGCAAGCUAGGACAGAGGGUGAAAGGGGAGAUUCCGAUGCCGAGGCCAGUGCCAGCGAAUCAGAAGAAGAAGAUGAUAAUGAAGUCCCUUAUAAUCCCAAAAAUCUUCCUCUUGGUUGGGACGGCAAGCCUAUACCAUAUUGGUUAUAUAAAUUACACGGGUUAAAUAUUAGUUACAAUUGCGAGAUAUGUGGAAAUUUCACGUAUAAAGGACCGAAAGCUUUCCAACGACAUUUCGCGGAAUGGAGACACGCACACGGUAUGCGUUGCCUCGGCAUUCCGAACACUGCACAUUUCGCUAAUGUCACACAAAUAGAAGAUGCUGUAGCGUUAUGGGAGAAAUUAAAGGCGCAGAAGCAAGCAGAACGUUGGCAACCGGAACAAGAAGAGGAAUUCGAGGACUCGCUUGGAAACGUCGUUAAUCGUAAAACAUACGAGGACUUAAAAAGACAAGGUCUUUUAUAAAGACACUUUAAUCACAAUAAUAUAUUUCAUACAUUACAAUUGUAUUAAAAUAACUUUAAUAAAUAAUGCAAUUUUAUCAGCACAA